CCUCCGCUUCCUGCAACAACAAAAUUACAAAUUACAAAUUAGUGCCACACAAAUUGCUCAGCACAAAUAAGUAUAAAGGUUUUCAAAUCGGCGACAAUUGAACACACCACAAACAAUGUCCAAGAUUUCAGCUCCUUCAAUGGGAGGAUUCAAGCUCCCACUCAGUGAUAAAGGUUCCUUCAUGAGAAAAGCUUCUGUGUUCAGAAGCUUUGUCAGUGCCGACGACCCAGUUUUCAAACCUGAAGCCGGAAGGUACCACUUAUACGUAUCUUUGGCUUGUCCAUGGGCUCACAGAGCAUUGAUUGUUCGGGACUUGUUGAAGCUUCAAGAUGUUAUUGGGUUAUCGAUUGUGCACCACAACAUGGAUUCCAAGGGCUGGAGAUUCAUCACCAAGGAGCCCAAAGAUCCAAAAGACUUAUCCGAAGGAACUAUUGAUCAUGUUUAUGGGUUUGAAAGAUUGAGUCAGCUUUACUACAAGGCCAAUGAAGGCUACGAGGGAAGAUAUACAGUUCCCGUAUUAUGGGAUAAAAAGACCGAAACCAUUGUCAACAAUGAAAGUUCCGAGAUCAUCAGAAUGUUGCAUGAGUUCAAGAGCGUGACCGGGUUUGACGAGGACUAUUACCCAGAGACCCACCAAAAACAGAUUGAUGAAAUCAACGAGUGGAUUUACCCCUACAUCAACAAUGGGGUCUACAAAUCAGGGUUUGCGGGAACUCAAGAAGCGUAUGAAGAAGCGGUGCUUGCUUUGUUCGAGCACUUGGAUAAGGUGGAAAAAAUUUUGGAGGAUAAGUACAGUAGCAACAAGGACUCCAAAUUCUACUACUUGAUUGGAGACCAAUUGACCGAAGCAGAUAUCCGGUUGUUCACCACCAUUGUUCGGUUUGACCCUGUUUAUCAUCAACAUUUCAAAACCAACAUUCGUAUGAUCAGACAUGACUAUCCAUUUUUGAACAAGUGGUUGCAAAAGUUGUAUUGGCAGAAGGAUUCUUUCAAAUCCACUACCGACUUCGACCACAUCAAAAAACACUAUACCCAGUCCCACAGCCACAUUAAUCCCUUGGGAAUCGUGCCAGUUGGACCAGUUCCCCAUAUUUUACCUUUGUAAUUAUGUAGUUGCAAAGUGAAAAGAAUUCCUCAUAUCUUAACCCGUACCUUAGAAGCGGCUUCACAUCAGCCUCUCGGUACGAGCAAUUGGAACGGGAAAACACUCUAACAUAAACCCCAGCCGAACGUAUAUAAAGGAGUAAACACACACACAGGCAAAAACAUUAACCUAAAUAUGAAUCGAGUUGAGUACAAUGUAGGUAGAGAGCUCGUCUAAACCGCUGGACGACACGU